AUGAUUGCUUGAGUUGUGGUAGUCUUAGUGGUUGUGACUGGAGUUGUGGCGAAGUGACAGGAUGGGUAUUUUGAGUAUGGGAAAGGAUGUAUGCCUUGUGAUAGUUCAUGCAAGACUUGUUCUGAUAGCACAGCGUGAGAUAGUUGUGAGGAGUUUAUGAGGUUUGAUACUGAUACCUCUCUUUGAACUCAUUGUGGUGAAGAUGAGUAUUUUGAUGAGACUUUGAAGGUUUGAAGAAAUUGAGACGGAACUUGAUUUGGAAGGUGUAAUAGUAGACUUGAGUGUAUAAUUUGAGAUCCAGGGAAAAGCUUAGACCUUGAUACACUAGCAUGUGUAACUGAUUGCCAACCAUCUCAAAUAGAAAUUAAAGGGCAUAACUUAUUUAUUGAGAGAGCUUGAAGAAGCCCAGAAUAUUAUGUUGAUCCGACUAGCUUUGAAAUAAUAGAACUAGGAACUAGAAAGUACCCUUACAGGACAAUGAAAUCAGUCAGUUCUGAGAUUCUUACUUUUCUUUCUCAUAAGAAUGUGAGUAUAAUUGUGAAUGUGAGAGAUGUCUACAUUGAAGAUAAAACUUUGGUUGUUGCUAAUAUCACAGAAAUAGUGAUACAAAGUCAUCCAGAUCUAACAGACAACAAUAAAAAGGCUUUGAUUACUCCAACUGAGUUCUCUCAAGCAGGAAUUAGCAAAAAAGCUAGAUUUCAUCUUCUGACAUCUUCAGAUUUACCUAUUGAUACUAUUAUCAGUGCUGGAUCUUUUACAGAAAGUGAACUUGUUAAAAUUAAUGGCAGAAGUGGAAAUAUGAUAAUCAGAUCAGGACUCACUAUUCAAAAUAUUGAUUUAUACAGAGAAGAGGAAGACUAUAAUAAGAAUAUAAUAUUCCUUCAAGGAAUAUACCUUCAAAACAAAACUGCAAGUUUCUUGUAUGUUAUUCAAGCGAUUUGUGUUCCAGAAGAUGAUCUUAUCCAAGUGUCUACCUUUGAGAAUAUCUCUAUGUCAGUGAACAAUGAUAGAGGUGAUAAAGUUAAUUUUAUUGGAGCUGAUAUUUCAAAUUCUCAUUAUAGGCCGACUACUAUUACUACUAAAAAUGCAGUUUUCUUUGGGUAUCAAAAUACUUUUUUCUCGCCAUUGGCAUGGACCGGAACAAUGAUGGACUCUGUUCAUUUUGAAGAGAUUACCUUUAAAAAUUCUGGAAUUCUUUCUGAUUUACUAAUAGCAAUGAUAUUCCAAAGGGUUACUUUUGGAAAUUUGGAAUCAAAUCCUUGUGUUAUUGAGAAUAUUGGAUUAUACAGAACAAAUCUGAUACGCUUUAUAUUCAUUGGUUCAUUAGAGAUUUCUAACAUCAAAAUAUCUAAUGUUAUUGGCCCAAUUUCAGAAAGUUUAUCAUUCAUCUCUUUGAAUAACUUUCCAUUUACUCCUACAAUAAUUCAGAAUAUAUCUGUAUCAGGAUUCAUCUUUGGAAAUGGAGGACUUUUGGAUAUGUCGACAAUCUUAGAUAUAAUCCAGAUCAAGCACAUUAAUAUUGUAGACAGUGUGAUGAAGCCAGGUUUGUUCGUAUUUAAGCUUAAUAUCAUAAAAACCAUACUGAUAGAAGACUUCCGAGCUAACAACGUCCAGGUGAAUCAAAUAGAUGAUAAAGACUCUUCUAUAUUCAGAAUCAAUUCUCUUGAUGUAUCUGGGAAUCUUAAUUCAACAAUUGAGAAUGUAGUUAUAUCUAACUGUGGGAUAUCUAUUCUUUCUUUUGGAUCAAUGAUAAGCAAUAAUAGUGCUCCGACAUCUUUCGAGAUGAGUAAUAUAACUGUCAAAGACUCAAUAUAUACAAGUUCAAGAUCUAUAAUUUCAACUCUAAAUUUAGUUAACGAUGCUGAUUUUACCUUCAAAAUCAAUGAAUUUUAUUCUUCAAAUGUUACAUUUUUGAGCACUGGAAAUAUUCUUUUGUUUGCUCAAAGCCUAGCUAACCCAAUAAUUAUGGAUAACUCUGUAUUUUCUGAACUAGAGUCUACAGCAAUAUCUAUAAUGAAUGUCAAAACAAUACCAAACACAGUUUCUGAAGUGUCUUUGAGCAACUGCACUUUUAGAAAUAUAUCCUCAUCCUUGCAACCUGUGGUAAGAAUAUCAGAAAGAGCAAUUGCCAGUUUUACUGGAAGUAUUUUCGACUCGAUAUCAAUAGUAUUUGAUAGAUCUGGAAUAAUUGAAGCAAGUUCUAACUCCAUUGCAAAAUUCAUUAAUACAAAUUUUACUAACAAUGCUGCAGUGAUUUCAACACUUUUAACAAUCCAGUCAGGAGCCUAUGUUGAAUGUAACUCCUGCUUUGCCAGAAAUAAUUUUGGAGUUAGAAACACUAUAUUCUCAGUGCUAAGCAAUGGAUACUUCAAGUUUUAUGACUCUGAGAUUUCUGAAAACUUUGGUAUUCAGACUCCUAUUGGCCAGCUGUUCGAUGCAUCGCAAAUCAGUAUUUUUGACAAGACUAACAUUCAUAAUAAUUCAAUUGUGACUCCUACUGAUUUUCUCCAAGAGACUUCAGGGAACUGUUCUCGAUUAUGAUUCUUGAAGAAAGAUUUCACAGACUAUAUCAAAUUAAGCCAGCUUUACAAUGCCUCAGAAGGGUCAAAUAUAAUUGAAAUAGUUGCUGGUUCUCUGCAGUUUAUCAACGGAACACAAAUUUAUAACCAAGGUGAAAUCCUCAAUGUAUUUAUGGCUUCUAUCAGAAUUGAAGGAUCUAUCAUCAGAGAUAUUUCUUUUAAAAAUACUCCAAUAACUGCAACUUCUUCGUCUAUUGAUCUUAAUAAUGUUACAUUAGUAAAUAUUCAAGACAAUUCUGGAAAAGAAAUAUUGCUGACUAAUGAUGAAAGUCAGAUUAUUAUGAAUAAUGUUACAUACGAACACUCCAACACCAGGCUGUUCAGAGCCUUGUCUGGAGAAGUGAGUGUACAAACAGCAGUGAUCAGAAAUAUCUCUAGGUUCGAUGACUUGAUGCUGAUAUAUUCAUUAGAAAAAGUUGUACUGAUUGAUAUCACUUUGAUUGACAUUCAAGCUAGUUCAGAUCAAAGUUUUAAAAUAGAGAAUUCACAAAAUGUGUCUAUUGAUACUUUAGUUGUGAAUGGCUUUAAUAAAACUGUGGGUUAUAUCUCAAAAUCUAAUGUGAAAUUGAUCAAAAACAUACAAAUUUCAAGUUGAUUCAAGGCAUUUAAUCUUUUCAGAAGUUUUGUUGACAUGAUUGAUAAUUCUACAUUUACAAGCAAUGGAAAGCAAAAUAGCUUUACAAAAGGAGGAGCAAUCAAGAUAACUGACAGUGAGGUUACCAUCAAUUCUUCAGAAUUUAUAAACAAUAAUGCUGACGUGGGAGGAGCUAUUGAUUUGGACUGAGGCUCUAUUAGUAAAUGUAAACUCAAGAUUGAAAAUUGUAGUUUUGAGAAUAAUAGUGCAUCUAUACAGGGAGGAAGCAUCCACUACAAUUUUUUCCGGCCAGAAAUUAUGAACUCUACUUUUGUAAAUAAUUAUGCUCAAUAUGGUGCUAACCUUGCAAGCUAUCCAGUUAAAAUAAGAAUGAGAGAUUCACCUAAUUCGAAACUUAGAUUAACUAAUAUUGGCUCUGGAGUUGAAAUGUCUUCAUCUAUUCAGCUAGCUUUAUUGGACUAUGAUGACCAAGUUUUAAACUUAGCUAAUGAAGAUCAGGUUGGCAUAUUUGCUUAUCCUAAUUCAAAUUCAACAGUAGCAGGCAUCAAUUCUUUUGUUUUCCAUUCAGGAAUUGCAACUGUUGAAAGGAUUAUAUUUUCACACAAACCAGGUGAAGAAAAUAUUAUGUUUUAUGCAACAACCAAAGCUGUUGAUAAUAAGAAAGUUUCAGCUGCUUUUCCUGGGCAAGAUUUCAAUAACAAUAUCUCUGUAGAUUUCAGGUUCUGUGAGCCUGGAGAGGAGAUCACUCAGCAGAGCACUUGAAGACAAUGAGAUGCAGGUACUUACUCACUCGAAUAUAACUCCACCGAGUGCAAAGAAUGAAUGGACAAUGCUUCGUGAUUAGGAAGGAAUCAUAUCAGCGUACACUCUGGAUACUGGAGACCAUCACAAACUUCAUCAUUUGUGACAGAAUGCUUGUUCAAGAGAGCUUGUGAUGGGGGCUACACAAAUUCAUCACUAAAUCCGGUGAAUUGUGCUGAAGGCUAUCAUGGAGAGCUCUGUUCACAGUGAGUGGUUAAUGAAAAUGUGAAGUACAGUAAAGUAAAUAAUCUUGAAUGAAGCAAAUGACCAGAUCCUGUUUUUAAUGCUUUCUUGGUGUUUGGAUUGUGUCUUCUUGUUUUUUCUUUCUUGAUGGUGUUGAUUAUAUUAAAUGUUAACAAAACUAAAGAGAGCAAUCUUUCAGUGUUAUUGAGAAUAAUGACAAACUAUUUUCAAUUAAUUUUCACUUCACUGUCUUUGACGUCAAGCUAUCCAACAUCACUAAUAUCAUUCUUUGAUAUCUUUGCAAAAUUUGGAGAUGCCUCAGAGCCAUUUCUAUCAAUUGAUUGUUUUAUUAGAGAUUCAGAGAUAAAAGGUCCAUUUGAUUCUAAUGCAAUAUUCAAGCUUUUCCUUCUCAUGCUCCUUCCCCUAAUCCUUUCAGCAAUAGUGACAUUAAUAUGGAUUGUCAUAUAUGCAGUGAAAAGGAAAUAUGUUAAAAGUUUACAAAGAAAUUUAGCAAUUUCAUUCAUAAGCAUUUUGUUCUUACUCCAUCCAAAAUUAACAGAGCAAAGCCUUGGUCUGUUCAGAUGUAUUGAUGUAAAUGUAGAUGAUAGUAGAGUAAGAGUUGAUACUACAAUGAAAUGAUACUCUUCAGAGCAUAUUUUUUGGUUAUUUGUAGUUUCAGGACCCAUACUCAUAGUAUGGGUUGUUUCAUUACCUCUUAUGGCACUAUUUUUACUAUAUAAAAAUAUUAAGAAAGAAACUGAAAGCAAAAUAAAUCAAUACUUUUUGAUUUUGUAUCAAGGUCUUAAGAAAGAUAAAUUUUAUUGGGAGUUUAUCAAUACAACAAGAAAGAUCUUAAUAUUAGCGCUAUUUGUUUUACCAACAACAAUGAAGAUGCUAGUCUCAAUAUCAAUAUUGAUAUUCUUUGCUAGAAUUCAAAUUUUUCUUCAACCGUACACUGAUGAGAGCAACAAUUCUAUUGAAAUUUUAGCAAUAAGUGCAGGAAUCAUCACCAUAUUCAGUGGAUUGUUAUAUUCCCAACCAGAUGAAGUGAAUAACCUGAAUACUUUGUCACUAACUUUCUGAAUUAUCAUAAAUAUUUACUUCUUCAUCAGCUGGAUCUACUUGCUAUCAAAAGAUCUCAAAGACUCUUCAAAGAUAUUCCAACUAAUCUUCAAAAUAUUUGCUUUUAUUCUUCGGAAGCCCAGAGUUUCAUCAGAGGAUUCUCUAAAGACUCCAAAGCCAAACGCUCAAAAUCAUGAGAAGCGAGCUAGAGUUAGAGUACCCAAGAGAAGAAUAAAGUUUAAAGGAAGCAGAAAGAGACUUUUAUCUAAGAAGAAAAAGAGAAUAAUAUUCUCCAGUAAAAAUAUCAAGAAGUUUCUCAAAGCAAAAGAAGAAGUAAGGUUCAUUGGCAUUGAUUUGGUCUGUGUAUUCAGUCUCUUACUUUCUGACGAAUCAUCCUGAAAAUAUUUAGAGACUUCCUAUCAUCUUUAA